CAGGAGGAGAAACUCACGCUUCAGAAGUCAUUGCUUCGGUUCGAGGCUCUGUUCGGUCGGCCGACUACUAAAGCCGAGCGCGAGAUUGUCCGCCCACUCUAUGACAGAUAUCGAAUAGUGAAGCGAAUGGUCGCUAAAACAGUACCAAAAGGCAGCAAAGAGUCCGCAGAAUUACAGCCCAUAUUAGAACACAUUGCGAUGGACUUCAUCUCUCCCUCCCAUUCCAAGAGUGAGGCCAUCGUCUCCCUGAGUGAGACCACCAGCGAACUACCCGCCGGUGCUAUCGAUGAAAAUGAAAUUUCAACCAAUAGUUCAAAAUCAAGUGUCAAAGACUCGAAGAAUAUUCACUUUCAGAGCAAUAAUUUGCACGAAAUGUCGUUAACAGAACUGAACCAACUGUUGGGCGAAACACGCGUUCAGAAGAAGAAUUUGAGAACUGUUUUAAGAGAUUUUGAAAAUGAAUUCUUCAAAAUAAUGGGACGAAAAGUGGAAAAGGAGGACAAAGUGAAUAUGGGAUCCGUUUAUUCCAAUUAUAAGCAUAAGAUGCAAACCUUAUAA